AUGGGACAAAACAGCACGUCUUGGAACCUCGACACGGGCCUCCUAAUCAGCGCCCUCGACCACGAACGCGACGUGAACUCUGCGACCUGUUUAGCUGAUAAAAAACAGCUAGUUACAUGUUGCGACGAUAAAAACGCGUACGUUUGGGACAUUCACGCCGUCCUCAAAGAAGGCGCAGCUGGUACCCCGUCUUUGAACGCUGAUGCUACGCGACGUUUAACCCACAUCAAGGGUGCAAGUCGAAUACCACAAGGGUUUUUUGACGACGUGCGAGACCGUGUUCACCCCUCCACAACACAUCAUCCCCAUCCCUUUUCAAAUCGCACCCGCGACGUCACACCAUCUUUGGGGUUGGGUGCGCGUGCUUUCUUCGGUCGAAUGUCCUCGUUGUUCCAUCGUGCUCACCCUGACAGCCACGAUGCCAAAGAAUUUCAGCAGCACCCAAGGCAGGGUUCUUGGCACCAACCUCAGGCUCAUGUCGUGGAAGUUGUAGUCAUGAACGCGCAGUAUAAAAGAGCUUUACACGUUGCCCCACCCCCGAACAAAAAGAGCACAACGCAGGGCGCUCAAACCCCAGGACAGAAACAAGCUCAAAGCCAAUUUCAAGCAUUGUCGUCGCGUCAUAAACUUGCUCAGGCUGUUCCCGCUGCCACCACCACCACCACCACCACCACAUCCGCGACCGACACUCCCUCUCAUACUACUGCCACCAUCGACAAUCCCCAUCAUAUUCGCGAGAUCGCCAGCGUCGAAGGAUUCCAUUUGGGUAUCACGAGGAAGGAGAUGACCAUGUUGGACGUCGAUGGCAGCGACGGUAUGUUCCCGCUUACUCUGUGUGCUCGCUGGUUCAAUGGGUUGUGGUGCACAAGGGGUCGGUACAACAAGCAGUGGGUGCCUGAUAGGUAUAGCUCCGUUUCGCCUGUGGGUGCUCGAGAUACCGACGAUUAUUUCUAUCUCAACAUCCGCCCCGAGAGCCAGGGAGGCAAGUUUUGCUAUACUAAAAUACAGUGCAUGGGAUGCGUACUGAAGAGGUCCGUAGAGAAUCCGCCGAUUGUGCUCAGCGACUUCAGUUCAGUAUUGGUCUCCUUUCUGCGUACAGUAUUUGUGGACGACAAACCCCUCGAAUACCCUAUCCAUCGACUUUUCCAAAAGAUGAAGGUACUCCGGUCCAGAUUGGAAGAUGCACGCGACCUCUUGGGCGCUCCGCAAGACUCGACAUCCACAGCCGAAGUUUUCGGGUUCAAUGUGUCUUCUGGAAGCGAAGCGGCGGCCGAGUACAUUGCUGAUCUUGUGGUGCAUUUAGGCAAACUAUUGGAGGUCGUUGAAGCGGAAUGCAAUCAGACGGCUAAGAAACUUGAAGAGUCGCUCUCUAACAAUAAAAUUUCAUUUGACCUUCUCGAGUAUUACUAUGAGGAAGGAGGGUCAUACGCCUACAACAUCGGGAUUGAAAUUGACGACGUGGAUGUCGAGAGGCGCAUUGUCUUGGUAGGCUUGAAACGUGUUUACUACAGUGACCAGAGGGAGCAACUGUUCUUCGAGAUGGAGCAUUUCGAGUGGGAUGGUGUUGGUUUCCAGAAGCGCACUGUAACUAUUGUUCAACAAUCUUACCAGGGAACUCGAGAGGUAUCCUCCUUGGUUCUUCAACGCAUGACGGAUGAAAUGCUUGCUAAAGUGACCGAACGUGGGCGACUCUACCUCUCCUAUAGCAGAAUUUGUUAUGCGGAGUAUUAUGAUGACACACGAAUGCGGGACGAGUUAGUGUCCAGCUACCAUACUGUGAAACCACGUACGAGACGGGUGAUUAUAGACCCAAUUGGCUUUCACCGUGCACAGCAAGGCUACAGCCCAGAUCUAUGUAUGCCACUUCCUGACAACGUGGAGGAGUACGUCGCGCGCCUCCCUUACUGGAUUGGUGGGUGCGAUCUUGAAGCACGAGAGUGGCGAACAUUCCGUGUGUGGGAUUUGAAGCCCAUCGAGUAUGAUCAAGAAGCAUGGAGCAAAUUGAUCUUGGAAACCAAUACCAAGGAUCUUAUCAAAGCACUAGUGGAUACUACCGGCUGUUCUUUAGGCACUCCACAUCCCGUUCGAAUGGGUAAAGGAAAGAAUGUCCUACUCAAUGGCCCACUAGGAACUGGCAGAAUGACAACUGUUCAUGCUGUCUGCAAUCUUUUCAAGAGACCUCUGUUUACUAUGUCUGCUCACGACUUUCCAGACAACAAAUGGGAUCUGGUGCCCUACAUUGCUAACCACAUGGCGCUGGCCGCUACUUGGAACGCGGUAUUCUUGAAGGGGACAUAUCCACGUGAUAAGGAUGACGUCCAUGCUACUCUCCGACAAUUCGAGUCAGAUGAUUGUAUCUCUUUCUGGGUAACAACUGUCUGCGACAAAGACCUCCUGAGGUUAUUUUCGGCUGUCGUUGAUUUCCCUGAGCUGGAUGCUGCAGCCCGUCGUCGGCUUUGGCUCUGUCACUUUGGCCAAGAAGAGUCCGCUGGACUUAAAUCGACCAGUGAGCAUACGCUUGUCAGUUCCUCCCUCGGGGAUGAGAAGAAAACGGACUACCUGGCGCACCUUCGCGAAAUCGAGAAACUCUCGUGGUACCAGUUGGAUGGGAAGAUGAUUGAGAACAUUAUGCGCUCCGCGCGAGCACUGGCUGCCUCAAACCGGGAGCAUCUAUCCACCCACCACGUCAAAGUAGUUAUGAAGUCGCAGCGAUUGGACAACCUUCCUUUGUGGCGCAAGCUAACACGGUUCUUGACGCUUCCGGCUGGGGUUCUACGCACUGGUGUGGUGAACCAAUAA